AUGGACUACGAUAUCAUGGACUACAUCAAGGAGCAGCAGUUCCCUGAAGGGAUUAGCUCUACAGACAGAAGGUACAUAAUGAAGAUGGCGACGAAGUUCUUCGUCAGUGGUGAAAACUUGUACAAGAGGUUCUAUGAUUCUAUUUUGCUAAGAUGCGUCGAUGCAACCGAAGCAACACGAAUUAUGCAGGAAUUGCAUGAAGGAAGGGUAGCCAGAUCAUUCAACCGGAAGGUGCGCCCAAGACACUUCGAAGCCGGUGAUCUUGUCCUGAGAAAGGUGCUACCACUACCCCCUGAGCUUGGAGGUAAGUUCGCUCCAAACUAUAAGAGUCCCUAUGUCGUGAAAAAGACACUCCUUGGAAGGGCUUUGAUUCUGACUGAAAUGGAUGGAUGCCAAUUCUCCAACCCGGUCAACUCUGAUGCUGUGAAGAAGUACUAUCCUUGA